AAGGGAAGGAAGGAGAAUAUUUCGUCUUCUUAUGAAAUUCUUUAUUGAUUUCUUUAAGAUUCAGUUUUGUAGUUUUGUUUUUGUCCCUUAAUCCAACUCUGCCUUCUCUCUACAAAACCCAACCGACUAGUUUUCCUUCUCCUCCCCCCUCUCUUGCCAGAUCUAGAUCGUUUUCCGAUCUGGAUCUUUGGUUUGAGAGUUGGGGGAGCGACUAAUCUUCAAUUUUCCUUCUUCUAGAGGUUUUGUAUCUCUCUUUCAGUUUUUUUUUUCCGUUUUCUUUCCGUCUACCGUCUUGGGUAGUUUUGCUCGGAGCUCGUCUCCGUUUCUUGGCAGAUUUGGUUCGAUGUGGUGAAGGUGAUGUUUGCAUUAACCUCUAGAAAUCUGAUGGUUGGAACAUCGAAUUAGAUAUGGGUCCUUCCUUUGCACUUUCGAUUUUGUCGGAUUUGGUUGAUCGGCUACUUUGCAGUGGUGCGGAGGUCUCAUCCUUCUUGUCGGCUGUUGCAGAUCGUACUAUUCUCAAGUUGUUUCGCUUUGUUGUUUGUUUGGUGCUUUUUGGUCCUUCUUGUUGGUUUUCUUGGCAGAAAAAAAAAAAAAACAAUUGAUGAACAUCGAUUUUCAAAGUCACAGUGAGUGGGAAAUCAUGACCACAAACACAUAUUCCAAUAUUGGUCAUUGAUUUUAUUUGGUAGAACUCAAUUUAGUGCUUGCUUAUGCAAAUCAACCAACUGGCUUUUAAUUAUAUCUGUAGUUUCUUUUUGGUAUUUUAUUGCCUGAUUAGUUUAUUGCUGGGAUUUCAUUUAGGUUUGAGUGAUGUCAAUCAAUUUUCAGAUCCAGAUUGGUUCUCAAUGGAGAUUCAUCAUGGAGGCAGGUUCUAUAGGUUGGGUAGUGGUAGUAGGCAGUACAAGGGAGGUGAGGUAGUGUAUGUUGAUAGAUUAGAUCCUGAUAAGAUUUCCUGGCCAGAUUUGAAUAUCUAUGCUGAAGACUUGGGUUAUAGAGAACCCCCAAUUAUGUAUUGGUUUUUGUUACCUGGAAGUAUUCAGGGAGAAGGUUGGUUACCAAUAUGUGAAGACAAAUAUGUGUUAGAUAUGUUGAAGUUUAUGCCAAGUAAUCGGAUAUUGCAGAUUUACAUUGUUGGGGGAGGUGUAAGAAAAAAAAAGGAAGCUGAGUUAGAGGAUGAGGGUGGGGGUUCUCCUAAAGAAGUUGAUCACCAAAAGUAUAUUGGCAAUGGGGUAGAAAACCUAGAAGAAGUGAUUGAUGGUGAUCUUGCUGUGACAACUUUACAUGGGGCAAAGGUUUCAAGUAAGGCAAGUGGAAAGAGAAACAAGGGAGGUAGGCCAAAGAAUAAGAAGGAUGUGGUUACUCACUUGACAAACCAGUUUAUAAAUGUCAAGGCUAGUGAGACAAUUGCAGGUGAUAAUCUAGUGGCUGAAAAUAGAAAGAGACCUAGAAUGAAGCAAAAAGCAUGCAAGAUGAAGAAGAAAUCCAGACCAUAUGAAACCAAAUUUAUGGGGGAAAAAAGUUUUGCUGAAGCAGAAGGCAUUCAAGAAGAACCUGAAACAUCUGAUAGUCAUGUACCUGCAGGAGGUGGGAACUUAAUGGACUUCCAUGUCCACAUGCAAUCGCUGCAAUAUUCUCCAAGGGUUAUAGACUAGAAGACUUUGCGGAUGAGUCUUUUUCACUAAAGAACUACAUGCUUGCAUAUGAACCUGCAAUAAACCCAAUCCUUGGUGUUGAUGAAUGGGAGGUUGUUGAGAGGCCCAUUUUACCUCCAAGGUACACUAGAGGACCUGGAAGGCCUAAGCUAUCAAGAAACAAGGAACCAAGUGAGCAAGCACCACCUCCUGAAACAACAAAGUUGUCAAGAAGUUACCAUCAGUCCAUUACUUGUUCAGUUUGUAAAAAAGAUGGCCAUAAUAAGAGGACUUGUUCAAGAAGACAGCAACAAGGCAAUGAUUCCCAAGCUGGGGUUCAACCAUCAGAAACUGAUGAUCAGAGUGUCCACGUGGAGCAAGCUGAAAAUGUUCAAAGUGAUGUGCAAGUUGAAAGUGAUAUGCAUUAUGGAUCAGUGCCGCAAACUGCAAAUGUACCAACACCCUCAAUUGUUGCAAGUGCUUCAUCUCAACCGAUGAUCUCAUCACCACCUCUACCUCAGUAUUCUUUGCAGCCCACUGUUAUCGGAUCAACUCAUACGUCCAAGACAUUUGUAUGUCCUAAGACAGGGAUGCCAUUCAAGACCAAGUCAAUAGCACAUAAGCCUAAGCCUAAACUUGUGAUAGGAACAAGCACUAAAGCAAGAGCCCAACAAGGACCAAAUGAGGGUUCCAACAAGAAAAUUUGGAAGCCGUGAACUUAACUUAUAUUUUGGACUUGUCAUGUAGUUUUUUUGUCAGUUGAAGCUGGUCUUACCAACAAUGCAGCUAGAAUUAUGAUUUUAUAACCCAGACUGUUAGCAUGUACUGAAUGUCAUUUUGAUACAGCUUCAAAAAUUAGACUAAAA